AUGAAGAUCCAAUUAUAUGCUAUGAUAAUAUUGUCCUUACACGGAUUGGCCAACAGUGCUAGCACUGAGGAGGAAGAAGAAGCAGAAGUUGUUACUGUCACCAGAUCAUCCUCCAGCUCUAAUGCAAGAGCCACCAGUGAGAGUGAGGACGAAAGUGAAAGUGAGAGUUCAGUGAGUCCCUCCAGAUCAUCUGCAUCUCCCUCCAGUACUAUCAGAGCCGCCAGCAGCAGCGUUGCAGUGGUCGAUGAAGAAGAAGACGAAAUUGAGUUCCUAACUGGGGCCAUUGAAGACGACGAGUACCUCUACGGAAGCAUGACCGGUGCUGACGACGAAGACGAAACACAAACCGCUGUGAGCUCGAGUAAAAGCAAAAAGGCAAAGAGCAGCACAGUGGAAGAUGACGACGAAAGCAGCAGCAGCUCGAAGAAGAAGAAGAAAAGCAGCUCUGAGGAAACCUCUGCCUCGUCCAAUGGAUCCGGCUCAGUGAGAUGGUUGGGCAAGAGAGUGAACGACCCCAGCAGACCCUUGUCAACAGCUGCGAGCCUCAUGAUUGGGGGUAUGGUGUCUGGAGGUCUUGCUUUGUUGACCUUGUAG